AAAUCUAAUAUGGACGAAGAGGCAGUAGGAGCGACCGAUAACAUUGUCACCGAAUUUGCCACAUAUGAAGACUUUCUCGACAGUCAAAUAACCCCAUUAGAUCUCUACUACCUUGAGGAUGAGGAAUUGGCACGACAGCUGGUAGAGUUAGGCUACAGAGGAAGCGGAGAGGUUCUGAAAAGGGAAGAAUUUGAGGCCAGAAAACAAGCUGCUGAGGCAAGCAGACUGUCAAAAAGAAGUCAGCAAAAAACUUUGGCCAGCUCUGGCAAAGAUCUUAAAGAUGCAUUCUUGAGGGCAUUAGCCCAGCGGGAAGAAGCAAACAGGAGUGGGAAAAUGACAUCCAUUAUCUUUAUCAGAGACAAGAAUGCGAGAGGGCAGGAAAUAUCAGGCUAUAUUGACUAUGCGCAUCGCCUAAAAACAGAGGACUUUGAACCUUACUUUAAUGGAAGGAAAAGACUACUUCCCAGACCAUCAGAUUUGAGUUUUUAUAACUGGGAAACACAAACUGCAACUUCAAAUCCCACUCCAAACUAUCAGGUCAUUGCUGAAAACUCCUCAGGUUUGCUUUUCAAGAACAAGAGAGACAGAAAAAUAUUGAAUGUGGAUCCAAAGGCACUAACACCUGGUGACAACUCAGCAAGGAUUCCCAUUGAAACUGCAAAAUAUAUUCAAGUGGUAAUCUACGAUCACAUUACUCGGAGAAAGACGUAAUGCACAAUCUGCAAGGUUGUUUAUAAUAUGGACACAUUGAAAUGUAAAUAUUUGAUCCUGUUAUAUAGGGUUUAUAUGAAAUCACAUUAUGGUAAUUGAUAUAACCCAUUUUUUUCUUUGUGUUGUGAGAUACUGCUGGUUACCAUGUUUAUUUUGAGUAGAAGUUUUGUGUCAUAGAAAGGACAAAAAUGAAGACACGUUUUUUAUCACCGGAGAGCUGAUAAAUAAAAAAUCGUUUGUAAAUUUAAAAUGGACUCUAUUGACGCUGCUCUGAGCGCGGGCUCUGUUCACGACAUUAGCUGGUUAUCUAGAGUUUUUCCAGGCGAAAGAACAUUACCAUUCUACUUGCAUCUGAUCAAAUACUUUGGAGCCAAAACCACGAGUAUCACAUGCCAAUCCAAGAGCGAAACUGACGAAGAUCUAACAGUAUAUUUUCAUCCUCUUUUUGUCCAAAAAAGUGCUAAAUUGUGACCAUAAAAAUUCGGGUAUGCCCAAAAUUCUUCCCUGCCUUUUUACCAUGGGAUAAUCCUUCCGCGCCCCUGCGUAGAUGAGUGCUUUAAUAUCUCGUGUGCUGCAGCACCUAUACGUGUGUGAAGCGUCGCUUGUUCGUGGGAAUCACACGCCUUUUCCACGCGAGUAUUUGACGGACUUCUCAGUUAUCCGCCACGUAUGGUAAGGGACUACGUUCGUUUAAGUUAAUCCGGGAUGCAAAAAGACUUAAUGUACUUUUCAUCCUUAAACUCCCAUGAGUGACCAAGACAGAAUUUCUCCUAACAAUAUUAAUACAAUAUUAAUACAAUAUCAACCAGAUAAGUGAUGAGGAUAAAGAAAAAUAUCAAUUUGGGGAUAAUUAGUUGAUCCAGUACUAAAUUCUCUGAACUAACAUUGUAAGAAUUGUAUGGUUGAAAGUAAGGAGAAUUACAAAUUUGAUCUGGGAGUUUUAGUGUUAAAAUAUGGACGUCGAAAUGACACAUUACUCUUAGGGCUACAUUAUUUCCCAUUCUGGGUCCAAUAAAUUAAUGAAAGGUGCGAAAUAAAACGAGGAGCUGGGGAGAGAAGCUGUGUUCUUCUACUGUAGGUCUUUUUUUUUUGUUUGUUUUUUUUUUUCGCUCAGGGUUUUUCACUUUGAUUUGCCGUAAUCUGUGACGCUUUUGAUGCCCAAUGGUGGCUUAUUAGAACGUUUGGCUGCACAUCAGGCGAGUUUGGUCAAACCAGGGAUCGUCUCGGUAUUUUGAAAGCGAACUUGUUACCGAGCGAUAUUAGUUCAUUGACUUGAUUUCAAAGCAUAUCGGGCGAUCAGAGUGAGCUUCUGAUUGGCUAAGUUCAAAUUUGGUAAAUGCUAGCAACAUAGGCACAAUGUUGCAAUACGCAAUGAGUGCAAAACUAGAUAAAGAAUCUUUAGAAGACUCUGCUACGAACUAAUUUAUCAAAGAAAGCCACGAGACUCGCUAGUUGGUUGCAACCUAAGCAGUUGCACACAAAAGCCUUUGAUGGGAUUCCGUCUUAUCUUGAAUCUGUUUUGCAAUUGCCUAAAUCACUGCCCGCUUGCGAGGAUCAUGGCUUUAUUUGAUUUUUUAUCCACACGUUAAAUGAACUUUAUUUCAUUAAAAAAUU